AUUUAUGUUACCAUUUUUUCCUGUUCCAGGAUUACAAGACUUAGACAUUCCUUAAGGAGCACAACAAGAUUUCUAUCCCAAAAGUUAAAUACAAGAACCUUAAGAAGCUAAGAAAUUGUUCAUAAAGAACCUCCCUCAAGAAUUAACCAAUGAUAAUGUUGAGAAACUUUUGAAAGUAAAUUGAAAUAUGAUAAUUAGGAAUGUGGUCAAUUAGUAUCAUGGAAGCGAUCAAAAGGUACUCCUUUUGGGUAUGCUGAAUUUGAAAAUAUGGAAAGUGUAUUAAAAUGUUUGCGCCUUCUUAAUGGUAUGAUUCUGAACUAGAAGGACUUGCUUGUUAAGGGUGGAGAGAAAGCUUAGAUGAUGAUUGAUGGUUGGAUGUACAAGAAGGAGACUGAAUGGGAAGAGAGAAGAGCUAAAUUAGAGGAGAAAGAUAAAUAAAAGGAGGAAUAUAGAGCAUUAUUUAAAUUUACAUCUUUUUAAGAGUACAUUACUAGAGAUGAUGAUAAAAUAAAAAAGAAAUUAGAAAAAAUAAUAUCAGAAUUAGAAGGCACUGUCACUAAAACUAAAAAUGACAAGAAAAGGGAAGAGGAAAAGAAAGAACAUCCAAGGGAGAGAGAAAGAGAUGCCAAGAAGAAUAACACUAGGACGGAAUUAGAAAGAAAAUAUAGGGAGAAAAUGGCAGAAUGGAAGAAGAAGGAAGAUGAAAGAGAGAGAGAAAGAAAAAAGGAAAAGGAGAGAGAGAUAGAUCGAGAGAAAAAUUUCUAAAAAUAUCUUGAAAAAGAAUUAGCUUAUGACAGUGAAUAAGAACGUAAAUAAAUUGGUAAGAUUAAGAUGAACGAAAGAAAGAAAUUCAGGUAAAGGGAAUUUGAAGAAGAUGAAAUCUUCAAAAAGAAGGAAUUAUUAAAGACACAAAAACCUCCUGAACCAGAACCACCUUAAAUGGUAGUUAUUAUUUAAGAGCCACCUGAACCAGAACCUUAGCAAACAUAAUAGUAAUUGUUAUAGCAAUAAGUAAUAAUUAAAUAUUAUAUUUGAUUUAAAACUA